AAAAUUAGCCCAUCUUCGACCCAGUUCCAGAACCGGCUAACCCAGAGCCAGCAAAGAACCGCCGGACUCUCUCUCUCUCUCUCUCUCUCUCCGAGCAUAAGCUCCAGCAGUUGCAAGUAGAAGGACAAACCCUAACCUUUUCCGAGCGGAUUGAUUUGCUGAAAUUGGAGUCUCGGAGAGUCAGAAUUCCAAGCCUUGUUAUCAGAAUCUCUUGCCUUGGGGUGAUUUAGGGUUCGAGCGAAGGGGCCGAGUCUGAGACUCAGAGAGAUAACAAAAUGGGGAAGAAACAGCACAGCAAGGACCGAAUGUUCAUCACCAAGACCGAGUGGGCCACCGAAUGGGGCGGCGCCAAGUCCAAAUCCAACUCCACCCCCUUCAAACGCCUUCCUUUCUAUUGCUGCGCUCUCAUAUUUACGCCUUUUGAAGAUCCUGUUUGCACUGCCGAUGGAAGUGUCUUUGAUAUCAUGAAUAUAAUUCCAUAUAUUAGGAAGUAUGGGAAGCAUCCAGUAACUGGGGCUCCCCUGAAGCAGGAGGAUCUCAUCCCACUUACUUUCCACAAAAAUCUCGAAGGAGAGUUUCACUGCCCAGUGUUGAACAAAGUUUUUACGGAAUUUACACACAUAGUCGCUGUGAAGACCACAGGAAAUGUAUUUUGCUAUGAGGCAAUUAAAGAACUAAACAUCAAGACAAAGAACUGGAAGGAGCUUCUCACUGAUGAACCAUUUUCUAGGGAGGAUCUUAUUACCAUUCAGAAUCCUAAUGCACUUGACAGCAAGGUUCUCCUUGAUUUUGAUCAUGUGAAAAAAAGCUUAAAAGUAGAAAAUGAAGAGUUGAAGAAAAUGAGUUCAAAUGCAGCAUAUAAUAUAAACGUCUCUGGAGAUAUUAUGCAGAUGCUGGCAGAGCUUGGUACGGAGAAAGGAAAGCAAACCGCUCUGCUUGGAGGAGGUGGCAGUAAGGCACAGAAUGAAAGGGCUGCGGCACUUGCUGCCAUUUUGGCUGCGAGGUCGCGUAUUAAAGAAGAUUCUGAAAAAAAUUCAAAUGGAGAGGGUAAACCUUCUCAGGCUUUCAGCAUAGUAGAUGCUGCAUCUGCUUCUGUCCAUGGUAGAAGUGCUGCUGCUGCAAAAGCUGCGUCAAGUGAUAAAACUGCUGCUCGAAUUGCAAUGCACAUGGCUGGUGAGAGGGCACCAGUUAACGCUAAGCUGGUCAAGAGUCAAUACACUACUGGUGCUGCUUCAAGAUCCUUCACUUCUACCUCUUUCGAUCCUGUGACUAAAAAUGAAUAUGAAUAUGUCAAAGUUGAGAAGAACCCUAAGAAGAAAGGAUAUGUUCAACUGCAUACCACCCAUGGUGAUUUGAACAUUGAGCUCCACUGUGAUAUAACCCCCAGGGCUUGUGAGAACUUCAUCACUCUAUGUGAACGCGGCUAUUACAAUGGUGUUGCUUUUCAUAGAAAUAUUCGGAAUUUUAUGAUUCAAGGUGGUGAUCCUACGGGUACUGGGAGAGGAGGUGAAUCAAUAUGGGGAAAACCUUUUAAAGAUGAAGUAAACUCCAAGUUGCUUCACUCUGGAAGGGGUGUUGUUAGUAUGGCAAACAGUGGGCCCCAUACAAAUGGUUCCCAGUUCUUUAUCCUCUACAAGUCUGCAAAUCAUUUGAACUAUAAACAUACAGUUUUUGGCGGAGUUGUCGGUGGGUUGACUACACUGGCAGCAAUGGAAAAGGUUCCUGUUGACGAUAAUGAUCAACCUUUGGAGGAUAUCAAGAUAACAGGUGUAACGGUUUUUGUGAAUCCUUAUUCAGAAGCAGACGAGGAAGAAGAGAAAGAAGCAGCUGAAAAUGAGAAGAAAGCUGAGGAUGACGAAAAUGAGAAGAUUGGGGACUGGUUUGCCAACACGGGUACAGGAACAGCGAAGUCUGGACCAAUUGGUGGCGGUGGUGUCGGGAAGUACUUGAAAGCCCGGAGUGCUCAAGAGGAAUCUGCUACUGUUGCCAACGGCUCAACCGCUGUGGCAAAGAAAAGGAAGUUGGGCUCAGCGGUAGAAUUCAAAAAUUUUUCUGCAUGGUAAAUUCCUCAAAUUUUGUAUCAUAUAUACAAGUGACUUGGAGAUGUAGUCUGCAGGCCUAAGGCCAGCAUCAUUAUAUAUUCUCCGCAAGUAAAAUAGGAAAUUACAAACAGCUUUAUAGGAGCAUUUGUUGUUUUUGUUUUGUUAAUUUACAAUGAGAUGUAUUCCAUUAUAAAUCAAUCGCCCCUGCUACAAUAAAACACACAUCUUUUCCA